AUGGACUCGUUUCUUAUCAGGAAGAAGCGGAAACUCUCUCGAGAGGAGAAGCCCACGGAGGAUGAUGAACCGACCGAGGUGAAAUUGGCUAUCCUCAACUCUCUUCAUCCAAAUUUGGAGCAAGAUGUACUGCUAGACGUCCUCUUAGCACACAAUGGCUCUGUCGCGGAAUCGCUCGAGGCUCUCAAGGCGCCAAUCCCGAUCAAAAAGUCGAAUGGAGUCAACGGUGCCCAGAGCUCCCUCCGGCACUUUGGUGUAAGGUCGGAAGACAGCAGCAACGGUCCGCAGCCAAAGAAGAAACUCAUGUCCAAGAAGGGUGCCACGCUUCACCUAUACGAUCCGCUGGACAUCGCUGAACACACCCCGUGCACCGUCAUCCACAACUUCCUCCCGCCAGAGGAGGCCAACGACCUCUUGCGAGAGCUCAUGACGGAGGCAAAGUCGUUUGAGAAGAAUGUUACCUUCAAGCUAUUCGACAACGUCGUGGCUAGCCCGCACACCUCGAGCUUCUACGUCGAAAGCUACGACGAGAUUCAAACGCAGAAGACGGACUACCUUUAUAACGGCGCUAAGCUGAGUGACAUUCGCCGCAUCACGCCGCAGCUCAUCAAGGUCAAACCGAAAGUCGCAGAGGCUGUAAAUAAAGAGAUACAGACAAGAAUGAAGACUCGCUACCCCGGGGGCAAGAAGCUUCGCUACCAAUCACCUAAAACGUGGGCCCCCAACAUGGCCUUUGUGAACUGCUACGACGGGCCCCAAGAGAAUGUUGGGUGGCACAGCGACCAGCUGACUUACCUCGGCCCUCGCGCCGUCAUCGGGUCGGUAUCACUGGGCGUUGCGCGGGAGUUCCGCGUACGAAGGAUCAUCCCCAAGGACGGCGGCGGCGAGAACGGAAACAGCACGAUGAUGACGGCUGAGGACGCUGACGCAGAGGGCCAGAUAUCCAUCCACCUCCCGCACAACUCCCUCCUCGUGAUGCACGCCGAGAUGCAAGAGGAGUGGAAGCACAGCAUCGCGCCGGCGCAGGCCAUCGAUCCGCACCCCGUCGCCGGCAACAAGCGUAUCAACAUCACCUACCGCGAUUACAGGGCCGACAUGCACCCGCGACACACGCCAAAAUGCGACUGCGGGAUCCCCUGCGUGCUGAGGGUCGUGCAGAGGAAGAAGGAGAACCACGGGAGGUACUUUUGGAUGUGUCACGGGGGCAACGUGCCCGGCAAGGGCAGUUGCUCGUUUUUCCAGUGGGCCAAGUUUGACGACGAUGGAGCUCCUAUAUGGACUCAUACAACUCGAAAGCUCAAUCCUUGAUUUCUUUUCAACGCCUGGAAAAUCACCAAUCAACUACGGGACCACCUCCUCCUCAACGCCGCUCCUAUCUUUGCUGGUAAAUGCUGCCGCAGUACCUACGCUCAAGGGUUCACGUAUCCAGGCUGAUGCUCACCCUUGCCAUCGAUGUGGAUAAUCUUAAGACUCUUCACAUCCACCCCGUCGAGAACACGCGCGUUAACGGGAUGCCUCGUCUUCGACUUCUCGUACCAGUACUGCGCCAGCUCCACCAGAUUACUCUGCUCCUCCUCGCUCAGCGGGUUGAACUGGUUGGUGAUCGGGACGCCGCAGUUCUUGCAAAACGUCUUUGCGAGAAUGUGGUGGCCGAAGACGUAGCGGCCAAUCUUGUCGUCGUCUCCCGUCAGCACGACUUGGUCGCUGUUGGGGUACACCCAGACGUAUCCAUUCUAUUCAAGAAAGUUAGCACAAUUAAUUUCCUUCCCCGAUGCCGGCAUUAGCAGGGCGGUGUUUGCUGACCCUUUCGCAGAUGCUGCAGUUGCACUCGAUGACUUCGCUUUCGUACGUCUCGUCGAUGGGCUUGCUGACGACGGCCACCGUCAGAGCGCCGCAGUGGCAGCUACCGGUGUAGAGCUUGCCUCCCUCGACCUCGGCCGUCGGUCCGGGGCCCUUGUGGGUGUGAGGCUCGUAUUUGGCGCCGUAAGACGCGCCGUCGUAACUGCAAAGGCCGGGUCAGCAUUUCCAAUCUGUGGAAUUGAGGAACGGCUUUUUUGUGUGAGAUUUGGGGUUGCAUACGUCUUCUUCUCCAGUCCCCAAAUAUCGAGGUCUUGAAUCGAGCGCACCUGCAUAAUGUCAGCCCUAUUGUUUCUUCCUCCUCGGACAGAUCUUGAGACGGUGCGGCAAGGAUGCGAUAUACUUACGUUUAGGACGAUUCCGUUGGGGGAAUCCGCCAGGAUGGGCGUAGCACAGUUUCCGCAGAACUAUGAAGCCAGAAAGUCGUCAGCACUACCGGACACCAAUGGACACUUCCGAAUUCUUUUCAGAGAAUAUUUCUUUUCCACUUUCCACGUUUUCAUAGCCCCGAAACUCACCUUGUGCGUAAUCUGGCCGGGACCAAAGUUAUACGUCGAGAGGUCAUCCUCGGCGCCCUUAACGAAGCGCAAGUCGUCGCGCUGGGGAAUGACCCAGAGGGUCCCCUUCCUGUAGCAGAGGCUGCAGUUGCAGGCGCUGGCGGACUUGAUGUCUGGGAGCUGGACCUCGUAGACAAAAGUCUUGCAGUGGCAAUUGCCACGGUAGGUCUGCUUCGGCUCUUGGGCGGUGGUGGUCAUGUUAGAAGAUGGAAAUGGUAUUGAUAAUUUGUGCUGUGAGGAGGCUAUAGAAUCUUUGUUGUCAGGGUGG